CCUGCAACCAAAAUACCAAAAAGAAUACUCACAAAAAAUUCCCCACAACAAAUCAUGUCAUCAAGUCAACCCGCCAGCCAACCAGAUAGUCUUGAUUUGGCCUAUGAUAUGUGGGCCGGGCAAUUUGAAUUUGUCGGACCAGCUGCUGUAACUACCACAACAAAUACCGCCAUCAACAAAUCACAAAAAUCAUCGCUCAACAAUAAUAUCCUUACGUUUGGUGAUAAGUCAUCCGCUCACAAACAAUCCACCGAAAGUUUGGAAGAUUUAAAUUUGAAUUUCAACACCCCGCAUACCCUAUACACCCCUUACUCCUCGUCCCAGUCUAUGACCAAUUCUUCAGCCUAUUCUCUCGGCUGUAGUGGCUAUGAAACGGAUUAUGGUAAACAGCCCAUACUAAUUGAUCAAGAGACUUUUUUAAGUUUGAAUCCAGCGGAUUUUGAGGAUAUUGUGCCAUCACCUUCGGGACCCAACUCGUUGAUUUUCAUCGAUAAUAAAUUGGUGGAUGCGGAAUAUAACAAUAACAACAACAAUAGUAAAUUAAUUAAUUUGGAGAGUCUGACAAAUAAGAGUAACAAUAAAACCAACAACACCAAUACCAACGGUUUUAAAUUGGAGAAUUUAAAGAAUUUUAAAAAUAAAUUGAUUUGUGAUUACGAAGAGAAAUCGGAAAACAAUAACAACAACAACAAUCAUCAUAACAACAAUAAAAUGAAUGGCCUUAGCUUGGAAGUGUGUGAAAAUUUAAAUGAACAACUGCAAAUCCUACAGCAGCAAGUCACUGAUCUGGCCGAUACUCAAGUCAUAGCAGAAGAUCGCACCACACGCACAAGAACCGAAUAUGCUGUACUGCAGGCACGUUAUGACAUGCUCGAAGAGCAGCUCAGAGAAACCGAAUUGCGAGCCGAAGAACGCCUCGCCGAAGAACAAAAACGCAACCGUGAGCUAUUGGCACGCGCCGAACGUGAAGCCUCCUUGCAAAAUGAAAAUUGUCAAAUAAAAAUCAAAACCAUCGAAAUCGAAGCGAAUGCUUUGCGCGAAGAGAAUCAACGUUUGCGUGUUCUCUGUGAUAAACAAGCCAAUGAUUUACAUCGUACCGAAGAGAAAUUGGAAUUGGCCCGUGACCGGAUCGCUUCACUGCAACAGGAUUUAGAUGAGGCCUUGCAAAAGGAGCGAAAAUAUGAACAGGAAAAGAAAACUUCAGAGGAAUUAAUGUUGGAACUGAGCAAGGAGUUGGAACGUUUAAGGGCCGAGACAGGGCCGGCAAUGCCCACAACAUCACCCGAAGCCAUAAGACUGGAGGAACUGCAUCAGGAGCUGGAAGAAAUGAGACAAAGGAAUAAGGGUUUGGAAGAACAAAACGAGGAAUUGCAAGCAGCUGUCUUAACACGUGGCGUUGAAGAGGGCCGUCAUCUGUUGAAUGGCACCCUCAACAGUUUGGCUCAAGAACUUGAAGAAAUGUCACAAGCCCAGGAUUCUGUGGAUUCAGCCACAUUAGCAUCCUUAAGUCAGUUACAACAAGCCUUCCAAGAAAAAGAGGAAGAAAACACCCGCCUUAGACAUUACAUCGAUACCAUACUUUUGAAUAUUGUGGAGAAAUGUCCUCAACUAUUGGAAGUGAAAGCCAUAAACAACAACAAUAAUAAUACUAAAAAUACAAGUGGAGAACACAAACAGUCCAUCAACAGCCUUAGACAUAACAACAUGCAGUUAUUUGUGAUAUUUGUGGCAGGUCUGCUGUCGAUACAGGCAGCAACAGUGCCUCCAACCAUCACCCACACAGUCAGUGUCAGUGUGCCACCAAAUGUUGCGGUGGGUAAACAGGACUCUGCUGAGGUACCGGCCGUUGUUGUAGAGGUUACAAAGGACAAUAAAAUAGUUGAAGCCACUACAAACAAAAAAGUUAAUGAAACCCCCGAGGAGCCCAUGAUGGUCACCACUCUGAUUCAAAAUGUUCUGGACAUGGUGAUGCCUACCAAAAACCCCUUAAAUCCUUCAUCCGUACCCACCGCCAAAGUUCCCGUUAAGCCUGCCUUAUCAAUUAUACCACCCACAUUGCCCUCCAUAGUAUUGGAUCACGUUAUAAAGCAAAGAUCUGUAAGCGAUCAACAUGACCUUCAAAAGCAGGACAACGAUGGUAUUACUAAGCAGUCGGAAAAUAAGGAUAAUCAAAACGACAACCAUGACAUGAAAGAAGGAGUGCAAGAUCACUCAGUGAAAAAACGUACACCCGGUGAUGAUGAUUAUGGUCUAAACAAUAAUUGGGUAGAGCAUGAUUAUGGCUGGCAGCAGGGUGGUUUUCAAGGUGACUCAUCCUCAUCAUCUUCGGAGUCCUCUUCAUCAGAAGAGGGAUAUGAAACCGUGAUAUCAGAGGUUAUAACUCGUCCCCACAUUAAAGAUGAGGUGACAGUGCCGCAUGUCACGACAACACCACCAAUUACCAUGGAUAUACGUAAGAUCCAUAAAAAUUCGAAUACAAGUGAUCCCCAUUCAAGAAGAAUUAAACGUGAAGUAAUGGCCAAUAAACCAGUCGAAAUUGCUCCCACAACUCAAGCCAACACAGAAUCAGUUCAAGAAGUCACCACCUCCAUGCCCCUGCCAUCAUCUACAACUACCUCAAAAAUGUCUCUCCCUAUGCCGCAGGCAACCACUGUGCCAGUGACCACCCCAAUGUCCCCUGUGCAUGCGGAAGUCAAAUCCAAAAUAAAUCCCUGUGAUCUGCUGUGCACAAAAUUCGAACUGGAACCGGUUUGUGCCUCAAAUGGCCUAUGCCUUCAUGAAUUCCCCAAUCAAUGCAUUAUGGACACCUAUAAUUGUAAACAUCCACGGGAGAAAUUCACCGCCACCAAAGAUGAUCGCUGUCAAAUGUAUUGGCUGGAGAAGUGUCAGGAUAGUGAUCUGAUCUGA